UUAGCGAACAUCAGAGUGGCAACUUUCAAAAAUUUAACACUGCACUUUGAUUUCUCAUAGGUAGUAAGAAUUUUCGUAUUCGAGGAUAAAAAUGGUUGUCAAUGUCAUUGUCGACUGUGAAAGAUUCACUAAAAUAAGAUGUAAUACAAAAUGUAAUUGACGUGAUUAACAAUUGUAGAAAGCAACAUAAUGAUAGUAAUUAAGAAGAUAAUGAUUUGGUAAAUACGGAGCUAAUGAUACGUCUUUGAUAGGUUAUAUUUUUCACAUAGUAUUUACAAGAUGCAUAGAUCAAACCAAUAUAAUGGACAUAGAAAUAAUACUGAUCCAGCAAUGUUUAAUUCUAAUGCUAACCAUCAAUAUCGUUAUUAUCGACAAAGACAGGAAACUCACUCUGUUAGCAGAAUAAUAAUAGACCAGUUUAAAAGAACUUGGUUGACUACAAUUAUUGGACUAAUAUUACUUAUUGUAGGAAUAUGUCUGUUUGUGUGGAACGAGGGUAAGGCUGUUAAAAUUGCAUAUUCUUUACAAGAGGCGUUAAAUAAUGUUGCUGAGAUUCAAAAUACUUUCAAGUCUGUACCAGAGUUGGAAGGUCGUUUAGUGUAUUUAUCUGGAACUUUAAAUGUAGCAGAACCAUUGACAGAGCCUGAUUAUGGAGUCAUGGUUAGUUGUAUAAAAUUAAAAAGAAGAGUACAAAUAUAUCAAUGGAUAGAAAUAGAGGAAGAGCGAAGUUAUGUUGGCUCAACAGAACCAGAGAAACAUUAUUACUACACAACUGAAUGGAAAGACAAAUUAAUUGAUUCCGAUAAUUUUUAUAUAACAUUUGGCCAUGAAAAUCCUACAGAAAUAUCUAUACAGAGUGUAAUUCAAAUAUCCGAAGAAGUUAAAAUUGGUAUUUUUGCAUUGGGAAUGGAAUUAAAGAAAAAAUUUAACGAUUUUAUUGAAAUUACAAGCGAUGAAAGGCCAGAACGUCCAGAUAUUAAAAUGCAUUCUGGAUUAUAUUAUCAUAGUUCUGAUUUAUGGGAUCCGAAAGUAGGAGAUGUUAGAGUGCAGUUAUCUUAUGCUGGAAAAGCUGGCGAUACAUAUACCGUGAUUGGAAAGUUGGUUAAUGGAGUUAUCGAACCAUAUAAAACUAUGCAAGGAGAAGAGAUAUUACUGCAAAGAAAGUAUACAGUUUCUAUUGAUCAAAUGUUUCAUCUUGAGCAUGUUGAUAAUUAUUGGCGUACUUGGACUAUGAGAGGAUUGGGAUGGUUGGUAAUGUUUUUAUCUGCAACUUGCUUAGCAAGCAUUUUAAAGAUCAUCAUUCAGAACUCCAAUUUUUUAUCUGAAAUAAUAAACAUUGAAUACCUUACAAUGUCAGUAUCAAUGUCAACAAGUCUUCUAGUCAUUGGAUUUGCUUGGGUCUGGUAUAGGCCAAUUAUUGGUCUAGUAUUAGCAUUAGCAUCCAUUUUUCCAUUUAUGUAUUCAACAAUUGGAUUAGCAUUGUCAUUCACUACACCAGCACAGCAACAAAGAGAUAAUUACAGAAGACUCUAAGAAUUUUUUUUUACAAUUUUUAAAAUUUUAACAUUUUCAUAUCAAUAAAUAUUAAAAUCUAAAUUUUUAUGGAAGUUCAAUCUAAAAUUAGUCAUUAGCAAAUAGUUGUAAAAAUGUAAAUACAUAUUUUAAGUU